AUGAGCUCGCCCAAUCACUCCACGCCGGCCCACCCUGACACGGGAUAUGGGCACGAAGAAAAGCAAGGGCGGGGCUGGUUGCGCUCAAAGAUCAAGAUCAACUAUUCGUCAAAGAAGCGAGAUUCCGUCCAUGCACCGGCUGACGAUGACAGUCUCCCCAAGCCAAAGACAUCCAAGCUAAAGAAGCCGUUCAAAACGCUGCGUCGAAAGGAAGGGAGCAAACAAACCAUCGACUUUUCAAGUGUGAGCCAGAGCGACAGUCAAGCGAGCGGCGGCGAUGAUGCCAGCCAGUCUGCGUCGAGCGGGUCAUCGGAGCAGCUUGGCAUCCCACCAGACCCUGCUGCAACGGAGCCGUUGAGCUGGACCGAGAUUGCGCCCGAGUCGCUGACACGCGGGAUGAAGGACAAGGACGUGAAGCGGCAGGAGAUGAUCUACGAGUUGAUACAGACGGAGCGCGGGUUCAUUCGCUUCCUCACCAUCCUGCGUGUGCUGUUUCGCCAGCGGGUGGAGCUGGAGGGCGUGGUCACACCGGAGGAAUCAUCCACCCUCUUCUGCAACGUGGACGACGUCCUUGCAAUGAACGCACAACUGUGCGAGCGGCUGCUGUCCGCGAAACAGCAGUCGCCGACACCACGAAUUGAGCGUGUUGGGCCAAUGCUUCGCGAGUGCUUUGAGGCGCUCGAUCCGCACGUGUACGCCGUGUUCUGCGCAAACCAGCGCCGCGCUGUUGCCCUCUUCCAGCAAAAGAUGAAGAGCUCGCCCGAGUUUGCGCGCGUGCUGGAUCGCGUGCACAGCAAUCCCCACUGCGCCCGUCUCAAGUUCCCAGACUUUGUCGCAAAGGUGUUCCAGCGGUUGAGCAAAUAUCCGCUUCUCCUAUCCGGUAUUGAGAAGUACGCGCCAAAGGGGUCGUCGUUCAAGAGCGAGCGGCACGAUGUUCACGCGGCAAUUCUUCGCAGUAAACACAUCUUGGAGGAGAUGGACUGGGAGCGCGUUCUGGAUCUGCAGCACAAUCUCGACUUCAGCGCAUGCACCAGCGAGCUCAAGCACUUGAGGCGUCUUGACUUGACGGCGCAUCCGCGGCAAAUCAUGCGGGAGGGGUCGCUUGAUAUUGUCAUUGACAGCCAGAACAACGUCAAGGAGGUGUAUGUGAUUGUGCUGACAGACUUGAUUCUCUUCACGCAACGGCGUGACGGUCACUUCCUCCUCAAAUGCCCAGGCCGCAACAUCACAAAUGAGGGCGCCAAGAGCCCUGUGCUGCGACUGCGCGAUGCACACGCGCGCGCAGAGGCCGCGGCCAAGGACGGAUUCCUCCUCCUCAACAAGACGGAUGCGUGCAUUUACCAGCUGCGGGCCAUGUCGAAGAAGAAGGAGUGGAUCGAAACGAUCACGUGA